GUAAUCGAGUUUUGCAAGAUAAUAAUAAAGUAACUUGGUUGUUGGUUGUUCGCGAUAUGCGUAUUUUGAAACUAUUUUCGAAAUCGCGCAUCCCCUUCUGGUAUAUAUGCAAACAGAAAGAGGGAGAACUGCUUCUUCUCUGUUGUUCCUCGUCACGGAGAGCGAAACGUGAAGAUACUAAGAGAAGACGAAUACGGAGACAAAUAGAUACGGGUCAAUAGGCUAGCGGCCGAGAGGAAAGUUGAACGAGCAAGCUACGAGGCGGAGGGUAAACAGGGUUACAGGCCCAUGGCCGGGAACUCUUUUUGCUGGCUUUGGUCGUGGAUCUCGAUCAUGAUCCUGCCCGGGUGUUUACUUUUUUCGAGUGGCGAGCGAAUACCAUGCGUUCCUUACUUGUCGGAUACAACCGAGGAAUAUCGGAAUGAAAGCCAAGCGGAAGUAAUGCUUUUCUUAAGAGAACAUUGCAACGACGACGAGAUGGAUAAUACCACUGAUGUAGCUGAAAAUAUACGAUAUUAUUUUGAUCAAUAUAAUUUCGACGUUCAAAUCACCGUUAUACCCUUGUCGCUGUCAUGCGAAACAAAAACUUGGGGCCUCGAUGCUCUGUUACGUGUACUUAGUGAAAGAAGAGCGAAAGCUCUCGUAGCUGUUGUUGAUUCGCCAAUGUGCGAGGUUACUAUAAAACUCGCGCAUCUCUGGAACAUGCCGUUAUUUACAUGGACUUGCCCUUUGAAAGACUACGAUGAGAGACAACUUUCAACGAUCGUUAGGCUGUCUCCGUCGUUACCUACAAUAGCAAAAGCUCUUGCAGAGAUGCUGAUGCAUUUGCAUUGGAGAACGGUAGCGAUAAUAGGAACAGAUCGCGAACCAUGGAUAAGCCUCGAGAGGGCACUCUUAAACUCUUUGCAAAGUAUCGGAGCCGUGGUGCGAAGACGCGCGGUAUUACCGCAACGAGCUUCUUUCGAACAAAUACGAAAAAUUCUUCGACCUGUUUACAAUGUUUCUCGUAAAGUUACAGUGCUAUGUCUACCCACGUCCGACGAAGACGGACUAAUGACUCGUGCAUUGUCCGAAAUAGAUAUCGCACAGCAAUCCUCUAAUUCCAUAUGGAAUUCUAUGACUGUGAUUGUUCAUACGGAAGACGACGAUCUCUUCCUACCAACCAGGAACACGUCCUUUUCUCAUUUCGAUUUAGCAACGUCCAUUUCACUUGCUACAUUGUCAUCGUCCAAUUCGUCCGAUAUACAAGAUGAAGCGAUUUUUCAUAACUACGAUGAUAACGUGACGGCAGACGCGGAACAAGUAGAAGGAAAUAAAUGGAAAAGAAAUAAUCGGUUUUUCCCGCCGAAAAACUUGAGUUCUACGUUUUUAGAGAGGCUACUGACAAUAACACCGCUCGAUUGCAGAUAUAACGUGGACAAGGUAUUCGAGGGUGUAGAAAGUUACAUGGUACCGACAUUGAUGGAUCAUUUGAACGAAACUCUGAAUAUAUUAAUGAACGACAACUCUAGUAUAAAUGCGUUUAAUAACAAGAUUUAUACAUACGUUAUGCUCGAUUGGCGUGUCGAUAUUUGGAAACCUAUAAUGAUCACUGUGGAGGAACACGAAAAGCUCUUCAUUCGAAAGUUAUCCACAAACGCGGUGGCGUUUCGCAACGUAAACGACACUGAUAUUCCAAAAUGUAACGUUGACACGAACGGGAUCACUAUUGUCGAUUGCGCAGGUACGUACACCUCUGGCGAAUCAGUCUUUCGCAUUACGCAUAUCGUGACUAUCGUUCUGGGAUCGCUCUUACUUACCGUACUCGCCAUAUCCAUCGCAAUGUUGAUCAGGAAAAAGUUACUUAAGAAGAGAAUGUCCAAGGGUCCGUAUAAAAUCAUUUUGACUACGUCGGAUUUCGUAUUUCCUCAAGUGCCUCAAGUAGACUCUAGAAGGGUGGAUGAGGGUAUCGAAACAAUGUUAUGCUGUUGGUUGCAACAGUUGCAAGAAUUCGGUGGGCCCGAAGUAGAAAAGCCAGACUUACUUCAACUAGGAAGCGUGUCAUCGCUAAAACCAUGUUUACGGACUAGCACGGGAAAUUUAACGCGUCACAAUUUUUUCAAAGAUCCACGUGCAUCCUAUCAGGGUGAUUUUGUGCAACUGAAAGAAUUGUCGACCCAGGGCACGUUCGAGUUGAAAAGCAAGACUAUGGACGUACUAGUCAUGAUUCAUGGACUACGUCACGAAAACCUGAAUCCCUUGAUCGGAUGUUUAAACGAGCCGACAAGACCGUGCCUUGUUUACGAAUAUUGUUCAAGAGGAUCGUUGGAGGAUGUGCUAGUGCAGGACGAGAUCAAGCUUGAUUGGUCCUUUAGAUUAUCAUUUCUUACCGAUCUUGUACGGGGCAUGAGAUACCUUCAUGGUACGCCGGUGCGUGUACACGGUUAUCUUACUUCGCGCAACUGCGUGAUCGAUGCUCGCUGGGUACUCAAGGUAACCGAUUACGGACUGCCCAUUUUUUACGAAGCCCAAAAUAUCGUACCUCCGACAAAGACGGCUAGAGAUCUUUUAUGGACGGCGCCCGAAUUGUUGAGGCAACCGAAUGUUGGCAAAAAGGGAACACAAGCUGGAGAUGUUUACAGUUUUGGUAUUAUCAUGCAGGAAGUAGUGGUUCGUGGGGAACCAUUUUGUAUGCUUGCUUUAUCUCCGGAAGACAUUAUCGAAAAGGUGAUGAAACCACCGCCACUGAUUAGACCAUCCGUGAGCAAAGGAGCUGCACCACCGGAAGCGAUAAAUAUUAUGCGUCAAUGUUGGGCAGAAGCAGCGGACAUGAGACCGGAUUUUAACGACGUUCAUGAUUUAUUUAAGAAGCUUAAUCACGGAAGAAAAGUCAACAUCGUCGACACGAUGUUUCAAAUGUUGGAAAAAUAUUCCAACAAUCUAGAGGAGUUGAUACGCGAGCGCACGGAACAGCUAGAUAUGGAAAAGAAGAAAACGGAACAAUUAUUGAAUCGUAUGUUACCCAGCUCUGUUGCGGAAAAAUUGAAAUUGGGUAUGCCGGUGGAUCCUGAAGAAUUCCGAGAAGUAACGAUCUAUUUUUCGGACAUUGUUGGUUUCACCGCUAUAUCUGCACAUUCAACUCCGUUCCAAGUAGUUGAUCUUCUAAAUGAUUUAUAUACCUGCUUCGAUGCCACGAUUAACGCGUACACUGUCUAUAAGGUAGAAACUAUAGGAGACGCUUAUAUGGUCGUGGGUGGUUGUCCGGUAAGAAUACCUGAUCACGCUUCUCAAAUAGCUACAAUGGCUCUCGAUUUGUUGCAUCAAAGUGGAAAAUUCAAGUUGAGACAUCUGCCAAAAACUCAACUGAGGCUUCGGAUUGGCCUUCAUACCGGACCAUGUUGCGCUGGUGUUGUGGGCCUGACAAUGCCGCGAUAUUGUUUAUUCGGCGAUACCGUUAAUACAGCAUCGAGAAUGGAGUCUACCGGUGCACCAUGGCGUAUUCAUAUUAGCCAAGCGACGAGAGAUCGACUGACUCAGGUGGGUGGAUAUCAGAUCGAAUACCGUGGAUCGACAGAAGUUAAAGGGAAAGGAAAGAUGCCUACUUAUUGGUUACUAGGGAAACAAGGUUUCGAUAAGGAACUUCCAACACCACCGUCACUCGGGGAAAACCAUGGGCUGAACGAGAGUCUAAUUUUGGAGAAUUUAACGAACAAAGAAACCAUCGUAUCAUCGGACGAUAGUUCUCUCACGGUGGAUUUGUCACGGAAAGAUAUAAAAGGAGAUGAAGAAGAGAAAAAUAAUAAUGGAAAUCAGAACGUAAAGAGCAACGUAAAGGAGGAUGAUAUAGAGAAAAGUAUGGAAAAGAGUACCGAUACGUAUACGGUUGCAGUAUCCGUACACGAUGAAAAAGUCCACGAUUCCGAUUCCUCCUCGAAAUCAGCGAUUAACAUUCUAGAAGUUUUAUCGGCAAAGGAAAAACAAAGCGAAAGAGAACACGGUGAUACUAGUCUGGUGAACGUAACAAAAAGUACCUCCGGUGAUACACAAGCAUCUUUAGCAACAUCCACCGCCUUUUAUACGGAAACAACUAUCCUUGGCGCAUCUACCAGUUCCCUUACAUCGAUUUCCAGUUCAACAACGGUCCCUUAUAGACCGGGACCGACGCGACAUCGAAGAAUAGCCGGUUAUAUCGAUGAGAACGACUUGAGCACACCGUAUAACCACUACAGAUGUUUAUCCCCGAAUGAACAUUAUGGUGGAAGAACAGCAGGUUGUCGUUUCUUGAAACGGCAAUUCAGUUUAGAUCGUCCUGAUGAAACUGCUUGUUCCGGAUUCAUCGAACAAGGUAACUACCAGCAGCAACUCCAACAUCACCAUCAUCAUCAUCAUCAUCAUCAGCAGCAGCAGCAGCAGCAGCAGCAGCAGCAGCAGCAGCAGCAGCAGCAGCAGCAGCAGCAGGAGCAGCAGCAUCAGCACCAACAACAACAACUACAAUCGCAACAGCAACAGCAACUAUUACCGCAACAAAACUUGAAUACAACAGCAAGACUUUAUAAACAAAAUAGCGCGGGCGCAGCAAACGAUUUGGAACGUAUCGAAGAAGUACCAACUACCCCAGCUCCUCUUCUUCAACAUUAUAGGCAGGCGGCAUCUGUUUCUCUCUCUGUGGAAUCCUUAACACUUCGUUGAAAAAGUAUUAGCUUUCACUUGUUCGAUAUAUCGGCCAGUGUGAGCGAAUGAAACGAGCGAAUGAAAUUUCGCAAAAAGUAUGACAAUCGCCACGUAUCCGUGAAUCUAUCAGAUGUAUUAUCAUACGAUAUUAAAUUUAUAAACGCGAUAAUAACCAGAGGACAUACGGUCUAUGCGAAAAUGACGUUAUACUUGUCUAUUUCUCAUUGUUUUUUCAUCCAUUUUGUAAUGUCAAUAAUCAGAUAGUCGACGAAUAAUUGAGCUCAUUGUCGAACUACGAUUUACACGAACAAUCGCGAAGUAUAGGGAACGGUUUAU